AUGGAUAAAAACGUGUCAGAAGAAGUGCAAAAGAAAAUCAACCAAUUGCGGAAUUGGGUAGACAGCCAGCCUCACUUGCCAAAGGAUAUAGACAACCGUCUCAUCCUGCGAUUCCUGCACAGCUGCUACUAUGAUGUGGAGAAGACGAAGCAGACCAUCGAGUUGUUCUUCAAGGUCAGAGACAGUGCUCCAGAGCUAGUCAAUCACAGGGAUCCAUUGUCACCAGCUAUGCAGAAGGCUAUGAAAAUUGCGAAAGUGGCGCACUACGAAAUAUCAGGCAAAAGAAACAUCUGGUUCUGGCAACUAAAUGAUCCAGGUCUAGAACAAUACGACUACAUCCAAGAUGCUAGAAUGUUCUUCAUGACCUGUGAUGCUUGGAUACUCAGCAACGAGGAUCUGGCUGAAGAAGAUAUUGUUGUUAUGGAUGCCAAGGACAUUUCCCUUAAAUUCAUCUCGAAGUUUAAUAUUUCUGUUGCGCGAAAACUUGCGAAGUAUCAAGAGGAUGCCAUGCCGAUCAGGUUGAAGCAGAUCCACAUCAUCAACGCACCUCCUUUCAUCGACAAGCUGUUCAGCAUGAUGAAGCCGUUCCUUAAACAAGAAGUCACAAAUAUGAUUCACUUUCACGUGCCAAAAUCGGAGACCUUAUACAAGUACCUAAAUAAAGAAGAUUUGCCAUCAGACUAUGGUGGCUCUCGACCUUCCAUGGAGGAACUGAAUAAGAGAGUCGUAGAUAUUGUUAUGGAUAAAAGGAAAAUCUUCUUGGACGAGAACUUCUGGAAGACGGAGAAAAAGGGGAAGAAAAUAAAAGAAAUCUCUACUACGUUUAGAUCUCUAGACAUAGACUAA